CAUAAAGUUUGGGAAGAAGCUCAUUGCCACCGGGAAGACCUGUUAUCGACUUAACACUCGCUUGGAAUAUAUGUAGCCGAGUUGCAGUUGGUUCUGGACAUUGUUUACACAAGUCGGGACCUGAAAGACUCGCCUGGAGACAGAAUUUUCAUAAAGAAACAUCAACUUAAAAGAGAGUAGUCACACGACUGUAUAUCUAGACCUUAUUCUGCUUAUAUCUCAACGUACACGAACAACUCAUCUGAUUCAGAAUCAGAAUUUUCUGACUUAAAAAGAAUUGGAAUACACUAUGUCCGAAAUGGAGGCAUUAGUAUCUCAUUCUCUAUCUAUGACAAAGCCACAGAUGUCAACCAAGGCUUCGGCCUUUUCAAUAGCAGCGCUAAUCGCACCGGACGAUGAUGAUAUUGACACAGAAAAGGCGAAGAUUCCCGAUAUAGCCGUAAUCAAGACAAUAAAAGAACCAGUUGAAACUGUCAUGUCACCAUUAGAGAAACUGGUUGAGUCAGCUACAAGCGCAUAUGACAGCAAAUUCGCAAAAUCCGAAAGUGCAUUUAAAGCCACAAAGAAUGAACCCAUUCACAAUCUUGCAACUAAUGCCUUAAAGGGAAGCAAAGAGCUGGCUAAUGUUCAAUGUAGACUCGAGACAAAAGACUUGUGGGAUAAGUUCCACGAACUAGGGACAGAGAUGAUAAUCACGAAGUCUGGAAGGAGGAUGUUCCCGACAGUGAGAGUGUCCUUCAGUGGCUUGGACCCUGAUAUCAGAUAUGCUGUUCUGAUGGACAUUGUGCCAGUUGAUAACAAACGUUACAGAUACGCGUACCACCGCUCCUCGUGGUUGGUCGCAGGAAAAGCGGAUCCUCCUCUCCCUACACGUUUGUACAUGCAUCCAGAUUCUCCAUUUACCGGUGAACAACUACACAAACAGACUGUGUCAUUUGAAAAAGUGAAACUCACGAAUAACAUGUUGGACAAAAAUGGACAUAUUAUUCUGAACAGUAUGCACAAGUACCAGCCAAGGAUACACAUAGUGAAGAAAAAAGAUAACAGCUCUGGUCAGCAGUCAAUACAAAACCUUGAUGCUGAGGAAUUCAGGACUUUUGUAUUCCCGGAGUGUGUGUUCAUUGCAGUAACCGCCUAUCAAAACCAACUUAUCACGAAGUUAAAGAUUGACAGUAAUCCAUUCGCUAAGGGAUUUAGAGAUUCAUCAAGAUUAACAGAAUUAGAGAGCAGGGAGAGCAUGGAGUCAUUGAUCCAACAGCAUACUUACGCCAGAUCACCUCUAAGAUCUUACACCGAUACUGAAUUUGAAGAUUCCGUAAAGGCACACUUUUUAGAAAGUGCUAAAGAUGGAUCACAAGAUUCUAGCCAAUCACCGACGUCUAAUCCAAUGUCACUGUGGCGACCAAUGACGUCACGGUUAAUGCACUUACCAUAUGAACGUUCGCUUUAUUCAAUGUAUGGCAAUUUACUCGGACUUUCCUCAAGUAGUACAAGUUUGCAAACUCUAGGACUUCAUCAUUUGACGUCUCCUACCGGUUUAGGGAUCGGUAAUAUAGGUGGCGCUAACCCUAUGUUGUACACAUCUAGUGCAACUCAAGACGCCGUGAACAGUGUGUAUCAAUCUGCGGGUCUAUAUAACCAUAGAUACCAUCCUUACCUUUCAAAUAUUACGUCAACAAGCGCUGCAGGCCAGCUAAAGCGAAUUGAUUCACCGGUACUACAUUGAUAACAUCGACAGUUUAAUUGUUCAUAUAAAACAGUAUUUUAUCGAAUGUACAGUAUGGCCGCCAAACGUAAAGUUAGAGAUUUCAUCGCAGUAAAUCAACAAACAUUGAAAUAGUGUAUUGACAAUACAGAUCAUGGUCUUAUAGAUGGAAAAUUUGUAUCACGUUUCCAAAUUUUUAAUCCAUCUUUAAGACCAUUAUUACGCCUAAUUUGUAAUUUCUCUUUUACGAGGAUGUAAACCACUUAUAGGUUAUUCCAACAAUCAAAUGGUCGGGUGGCCUUAUAUGUAACAUUUACGCUAAUGUGUUUAGUGUGGCCCACUGGGGCAUAGUAUAGAAAGCGUGAAUCGCAGUCAAUAGAAGUUUGCCAAUAUGGCAACAAUUGUUACAUCCAUAAUUUGAAAAUAUUUAAGGUAAUUUAUUAUAUUCCAUGAAUGUAAAAUGUUAAAGAUAUUUGCGAGGAAAUAUUGUAAUUUUAAGGGAUUCGUAUUAUUUAUUUUCAUAUUGAGAUAUUUCUUAGAUGUAAAACUAUAUAAAGGAUGACAUCAUGUUCUUAUUUGUGAUACUUGAUACGUUCAAAUGCGCAUGUUUUUAAUAGACACUGUUAUUUCUCUUAAAAUAUGAUGGGAUAAUCUAUCCAAAAGGAGGGGUGGAUUUCAGGUUGAGGAUUCUGCUUUGCAUUUUUCUAAUGCACCAUAUAUUCCAUGUGAAGAUCCUAUACACUGUGUGAUAUAUUAGAUCAAAUAAAUUAUACAUAUUAAAUAAUGUAUAUAGUUUAUGUUUGUCAGUAUACAUUGAAGAAAGAUAUGGAUAUAUAUUUAAUAUUUAUUGGAAAGCAG